UAUAUCCAGGCUGUGGCGCUCCAAUUUGCAAAAGCUACUCGAGAACCAACCCACCAGCCCCGCGGCCUUGUGCUACCAACCAAAGCGCGCAGCUCAAGAAACCCACAGAAUCCGAGAUCUCCCUCUCCAACCUGAUCGAUCCCGGCUUGUCGUUGCAGUUGUUGUCGGGCAAUGGCGACCGAUGCGAUCCUGGAGACGAUCAAGCCGCGGCGGAGCGCGUGGCAGGACGACCUCCCGGUGACGACCGCCGGCGGCGGCGCGGGGAACAAGGGCGGCAAGGUGGACCUGUCCGGGAUGCGGCGGCGCGUGUCGUCGUCCCUGUCGCUGCACCUCCAGCCUCUCUCCUCCUCCUCGUCGGAGGCGCUCCGGCGCGCGCGGUCGAUGCCGUCGAUCAAGGCGCUGGCGGCGGCGGGCGCGGUGCGGCGGUGGUGGGAGUGGGGGCUCGGGUGGGUGAUGGAGCGGAAGCCGUCCUUCGCGCGGGGCCUGGAGAUGAGCGACGACGAGAAGGCCGCGCUGGGGUGCCACUGCCGCGGCACGCUCCGGCACGUCUUCUACAAGGCGCGCGCCGAGGUGCGCCGCCUCCUGGGCCGCGACGGCCUCCCGCUCGGCGGCGGCGGCGGGCACGGGCAGGACUUCGGGUACGACUCCGUCAGCUACGCCCAGAACUUCGACAACGGCGACGUCGGCGCCAGGUGUUAGUACCGCAUCCAUGGAUCCGCGCGUGAUCAUUUUCAUGUCGGCAGGCAUAGCUCGAUCGGCGAACAUGAUCGAUACGGCAUUGCGUACAGAUUAGCUCUGGCCCUUCGCGCGCGGCAAUAAACGGAAUUGUCCGUAACAUACUAUUAGUAGUAUAUAGUACGGUGCGUGUGUGUUUGUCUGAACGAUCGCAGAUGAUCGAGCAGUGAUGCGUGUUCGGGGUCCAGAUCAACGGAAUUAAGCUGUAAUAUAUGUUCUUCCGCUCUUC